AUGGGCGAAACCGAUGAGAAGGAAACCGCACCGGCGGCGACAACAAACGAAACGCAAAAACCGGAAACUCCCCAACCAAGCGCGGACGGGUCCGAGGUAGAGCCGAAGGAGACGGAAAAGCUGCUCGGAAACGUCACCUCGGAGCAGGAGCCGGUGGCCACGGACGAGAAGCCACAGACCAAGGCCGGUAGCGAAAGUGUCGCUGUGCCGAACGGAGAAGAGAUCAUCAACAUACCGGAAGAGGAGGUCGGUGGCGGGGGCACGACCGAGGAGGGCAAAAAGGACACCGUCGAGGAAUCGGGCAAAACGGACAAACCUAACAAGGUACAGGCGGAGGAACGCGAGGUAAAGCCGAAGAAGGUCCCAGCGGGCGCAUUCAAACUGCCCGGCUUCUUCAACAAGAACAAGGACAAGCCCAAGGAAGCGGACGGCGCAGACAACGAGCUGUUGGAAAAGAACGGUGGUGAGCCCGGGGAGGGCAAGGACGCAGCCAAGGCUGCCGAGGAGGGCAAGGCAGGUGCGGAGGAGAAACCGAAGCGAACGGGUGGAUUCUUCGCCAACCUGAAACUACGCAAUCCAUUCGCCAAGAAAUCGGCAGCUCCGGAAGGUGGUGCAGAGGGCGCAGAUAAGGUGCCUGAGGAGGAGGAAAAGGACGAAGUGACGGCGGAAGCCACAGACAAACCGGUCGGAGCAGAAGAAGUGGCUGGAGACGCUCCCGAAGAGAAAAAGCCCACGGACGAGGAACCGGACGUGCAAGCACCUCGCAAAGGACUGCUGGAAGCGUUGCGAGUGCCACUGGCAAGCAUUAUCCCGAAGCGUUUUAAGCCGGUUGCAAAUGGAGAACCUGAGGACGACAUUGAACUGGGCAAGACACCGAAGAACCGAGCUGGACUGGCCUCGAUGGAGACAUUGGACGACUCGCUGAAGGACGCCGACACUAAGGACACGGUGGACAAGGCUGGUGCCAACGGGACGGACGCGGAAGCGUUGGUUAAGUCGGAUGACAAGGAGGCGAAGGAUAAGGCGGCCGAGGCGGAAGAGGACGCUCAGGAACGUAGCCUACUGCAGCGAGUGCAGUCCUAUCGGUGCUCAGUCGAUGACAUCGCCAUCAUCGCCGGAGUGAUGAUCUUCUUGAUCCUGGUCGCGUUGAUCAUCGCGUUCACCUUCGUAGGCAAGAGCGAACCAAUCACGGCUCCAGUACGUGACGGCAAGUACAUCGAGACGGUGACGAACUGCGGCCGUGUCGAGGGCAUCCUUGAGGACGGUUCGUUCGCGUUCCGAGGUAUCCCAUAUGCAGUGCCACCGGUUGGACCGCGGCGCUGGAAGGCGGCCCAACCUAUUGAGAACAUUGAGCACUGCUGGAACGGCACGCUAAAGGCGCAUAACUCCACGGAUGUCUGCUGGCAGUUCUACGCCGAUGGCAAGGUAGAUGGCGCCGAAGAUUGCCUCACGCUAGACGUCAUUACUCCCCACGUGCGCUACGACAAUCCGCUACCAGUUGUGGUGUUGGUUGGUGCUGAAUCCUUCACCGGUGACUCACCCGGCAAGCUGCGUCCAUCGACUCGAUAUGCUCGCGCACGAGACGUCAUUUUCGUGCGUCCAAACUUCCGGUUGAAUGUGUUCGGUUUUCUGGCGUUGGAGCAGCUUACCAAGGCAACACAUCCACCUACUUCCGGCAACUAUGGACUGACAGAUCUGAUCGUGGCACUGAAGUGGAUCCAGCUGAACAUCCCGCACUUUGGAGGUGACCCGAAAUCGGUGACGUUGUUCGGACAUCGAGCUGGUGGAACGCUUGUUACUGCUCUUGCGUCAUCAAACAAGACGAACAAGCUGUUCGCACGAACCUGGGUGUCUUCCGGUGCGUCCAUCUUCCCUGGCAAGCCGCUGGUUGACUCUGAGAAAGCAAAUGCACUCUACAUGGGCAAGGUUCGGUGCGAAACAGCCGAGUGCCUGUUGGACAAGGAGGACGAAGAGAUCCUCGACGCGGUACCGGACGUAUGGCGUCGCACUUUCCCCGACCUACCGGCCGCUGAUGAGAACACGACAGCCCAGCACGAGUGGCUCGUGUUGGAUGGCAACAUCAUGCAGCAACACCCGGCUGACGUGUGGAGCGCGGACGUAUCCAACACCGUGCGGUACGUGAUCGGGUCUACAACCCACGAGGCGCACAACUCAAAGCUACACCUGAAGUACACCGAAUGGACUCCGGAGCUGGUGACACGCCAUGUCAACGAGAGCGUAGUCGGGCAGCUGGGACUUACUGAGGAGGCACUACGUCGAUAUAACGCCACCUAUCAGGGUCUGGUUGCGAUGGUGUCGGACAUCCGCACCGUCUGUCCACUGCUCACGAUCACGGAGAAGCUGCAGAGCUCACAGUUCUACGUGGUAUCGCAGACGGGUGGCGAACUGGGCAUGGCCGACGUUGACUCCGACGUACAAGCCAUCUUGGGACGUUACGAACCCAAGACACCCGAACAACGGCGGUACGUGACGGCGAUCCAACAGCUGUUUUACCACUAUGUAUCGCACGGGGAGAUCAAGCACGAGCUGCGGAGAAAGCUGCUCGACGUCGGCCAGGACGCGCUGCCGACCUACAACACCGACAAUUGCCUGUUCUGGAUCAAGAACGAUGUUGUGCCGCGCUACGCACGGCUUGAUUAAGGUGCCAGGAGUGAACCAAAAAUCAACGACUUGACAGAUUGACGGACGGACGGCGAAAGACCGGUUCCGGCGAGACGGACGAAGGACGAAGGACGAACGACAGUAGGACGUCAUGUAACAAAACGCGGGACUCGGUUCCCGAGGGCAGUUGUAGCGUUUAAGUAUCGAAAAUUAUAAACCACAAUCUUUAAGACAAUGCGACCAGUUAUACACUAUACAAUUAUACAAGUAUGUAAUCGUAGUAGCCAAGCCGAUAUUUGAACCGAGGAAAGAACACAGCCACACUUGCCAAACCGCGGAAAGUCGCUCCUGCAGAGGGUCCUGCACCCAGACAUAGCUCAAGAGCCUUUUAGAAUCGGAAAAUUAGUGAGAAGGCUGUAGUUUCGCUACUUCCUUUGUACUAGUUUACCCUUCCGAGCGCAUUAGAGGGAAGGUUUUGAUAAACACUUUUUCUCUGGAUUUUUUGUACUACAUAUUGCGAUCCUGACGGAGGAUGAUCCUUAGCUGUAAUAUUCGUAGCGACAGUAUUCCGGAUGGCGAGUGUCUGUGUGUUUAUGAGCUCAACCCAUCAAAAUCACCUUUUGCAGCAUUAUUAUCAUCAAAUAUCAUGAUUAUCAUCACACAAUGAGCGAAAGUAGAUUUCAUACGCCCGGAAAAGAGGGCACGACCGGUGUCGCCUUCUAGCUGGCAGCUUCAUUUUCGUAUGCAAUUCGACGUUGGCUUGUUCAGUUUGAUUUUCCGCGCUCCGUUACAUUCUGGGGCAUUUUGUGGCUUUUUAAUAUAUAUGUAAAAGUAGCGAAGGUUGAGUUUUCUCUUCUUUGAAAAGAAGUAUGAGCUUCUAUUUUUCAUCUAAAAACUAACCAAUAUAAUGCGUUGCCGUUUCUAAGCAAGGAAAUGGUUUGAGAAAUCUAAUCAUGAAACUCUCAUUUUGUACGCAUACUAACUUAUGAGUACACCUUUCACAGGUCUCUUCUUGGGAGACUGCAGGAUAAAUUUUAGCAUUCAAAGUAAGAAUAGAUAGCAGGAACACGACUAGAACUGAGACGGUACGCAACGUUGAGAAAUUAAAUGAAAUCGAAAUGACAUACGUGUAAAGACGUUUAAGGUAAUAUGGUACAGCAAAGUGUGAAUGUUUAAUAUAUUAAAAGCAAAGUUUACGCAACCUGAACAGAGUCGUAUGAGAUAAGUUGAACAAGAUCAACAAGGACAUAGUUUUGAUCAAACAGGAUGAAAAGGACAAAGGUCAUAUGUGAUUGAAUGACUAGAGAAUGGAAAUAAAGGGAAAAAGUGAAGGAGAAAGAGUGAGUUGAAAAGAUAAGGUAAACGCGAAGAGGUGUUAGCGAUCGUAAUUUUAGCAGAAACCCGCAGGCGAACGCAUCCUACGUGUAUUUGUUGUAAUUUAUAUUCUAUUUGAUAGUUUUUAAUUACGAUAUGUCCUACUUUACGGUCAUUUUACACUCCUCCACCUGAUAGGCAUUUCCGAGGCGUUUUAAGUUUUUUUCUACCCCACUUUCUGCAACAUACCUAACAUAAUCGUGUAAAAUCUACCCCUUGGCUUGUGUGUAUGUUUAUGCUAUAAAGUACCCGUACCGCUUAAGUUAAUUUCUGUCCGACUACUCUAAAAGGUCAACUACUACCGAAAAUAAGGUACUACAUAAUGACGCUACAAAAAACAGGAACGCGAACGAGGCAACCAAUGAGCGAUCCUGUACAAUUUGAAACCGUGAACAAUACUCAGCCAAUGCUCCUGUAUGCAUUUACUUCAGUCAAUCCAGGAGAAACUAGUUGAACAUCCUAUUUAUCGUACUAGCGAUGCAGCUCUUCUUUUGCUACCGCAUAUUUCUUUGUCACAAUUCAGACACAUAAAACAACGUACAGUUUCAGCAUCAUUAGUCGUGAGCGUUCGUGCAAAAAUGCAGCAGUAGCAUAAAGAGUACGAGAGGUAGUGAAAUAGAACGAGGAAGCGAUGCAAUCUGUAAAGUAUUAGCAUGCUAUUGAAACAAAAGGAAUGAAGUAAAA